AUGUGUGAAGCGACUGAUUUACGUGACGGUUGUGGUUAUUAUACCGACAUCCCUCCAGAUUGGGGCCAAGAGGAGCUGGCCUCAGACGAGAUUGCUUUACUUGUGGUUGGGAUCCUUUUGGACGCGGUGGUGUUCUUAUUUUGUACAUUCAUUGUGAUUUUCAAAUUCGGUGAAGAAAUACGUGGCUGGAUUCGGACCCGUCUAAAAGGACGAUUGUAUCCGUAUGAGAAUAUUUCUGACUAUUUACGUGGAACUGAAGCUGUUGGCCCAGUUACUCCGGCUAUCGAGAAGGAGGAAGCACGACGCACAUCCGUGGGUGAAAUGGAAGCUGCCGGCGAGUUUGUAGAUGAAGUCUCGGAUGAUGCCAUGAAAGCGGAAUUGGCACAAGGAGGGCGCAAACAAUGGGUUCUGAAUUAG